AUGAAAGGCGUAGCGUGGAACUGUAGAGGGUUAGGGCAGACCUCUACAGUUCUGGAGUUGAAAGCCCUAAUUCGGUCGUGCAAUCCUGAUUUCAUUUUCAUUACCGAACUAAAAGUGGAUGCUUCAAGUCUGGUAUGUUCCCUUAAGAAACUUCACUUUUAUCAUAAUAUUGUUGUGCCGCCAGUGGGAUGUGCGGGGGGAUUAAUUUUAGCUUGGAAAGAGGGCUUUGAAUUUGAAAGUAUUAAUGUUUCUAAAAAUCAAAUUACCGGGUUUGUGUACUCUGACCCUGCAAGGAGUCCCUGGCUGUUGUCUUGUGUUUACGGUCCCCCGUAUUUCCAUGAGAAGAAGAAAUUUUGGUCUAGCUUGAUGGUUAAUGGUGAAAGAUUUGGUGGCCCUUGGUUAAUCUUAGGUGAUGUAAAUUUUGUUCUUAGCAACUCGGAGGGAGUUGGGUCCAAGGGGAGGGAUCAAUUUAUCCCCUUCAUUUCGGAGUUGAUUAACUGUCAUACGUUGGUCGAUUUGCCUAUUAAAGGAGAUAUCAUGACUUGGGACAAUCAUAGAGACGGUGCUAAUCACAUUAAGUCAGCCCUGGACAAAGCUCUAGUAAAUAACGGUUGGCUGCAAAUCUUUCCUAAGACGGUCGUUCGGUCUCUCACCACCUGCAAUUCUGACCAUCGGCCCCUCUUUAUUAAUACCGACUCUUCGGUCUCUAACGCCAGAAGGCCUUUCCGCUUUGAAGCUUGGUGGACAAGGGAUCCUCGUAGUUCCUUGGUGGUGGAUCAAGCGUGGGGGUCUGUUUCACAUGAUUGGGCCCCUGCUAGAGUGUUUAAGAAAGGUGGUGCGACCCGCCUGGCCCUGAGUAACUGGAAUCGGGUGCAAUUUGGCAAAUUGGAUUCUUGUAUCUCUAAGUUGGAGGGUCAAUUACAAGCUGUCCAGAGUUUGCUUGCUGGUGAAAGAAAUUGGGCUACGGAGGUGGAGGUGAGGAAAGAGCUUAAUGAGGCUUUAAGGCGGAAAGCAAUUUACUGGCAACAGAGAUCUAGGGUCUCUUGGAUUAGGGAUGGUGAUAAGUGUACUAAUUUUUUCUUCAUUUCCGCCACGAUCCGUAAUAGAAGAAACUCGGUGGAUAGUAUCUUGAACAAGGAUGGUGUGUGGAUAACUAAUAAAGAAGAUAUUGGUAAUGAGUUUACUAGUUUUCUGGGUGACAUUUUCAAAAACCCGCCUCUGGGCCCUCUACAAAGCCUAGACUACUUAAUCCAUGAUCAUCUCUCCCCUUUGGAGUAG